GGAGAAGCACAAUCUGGAGGAAGGACGGAAUAGACGUCUCAGAUUUUGUGGUAUUUUAUUUUAUUGUCGGACAUGUAACGUAAAAGACGAGUGUAAAAGCCGUUCAUAUUCUAGAGACAGUAGAAUCUAAUGGCUCGCACAAGAACGCCGAGAAAUUCAUAUUUCGAGGUCCAGUAGGCGUCUUUUUCAUAGGUCGGCGAAUCUAAACCACACUUGCAAAAUAUUCAGUUGCACUGCGAAGAAGCAAUUCUCGAGCACAGAUUCGACGGUCGAAAUUGGUGCCAGGGAGAAGGGUCUCUUUGGAAACUCUGGUAAUGUAAUUAAUACUCGCUGCAAGAUGCAGAAGACGCAGAGAAUCGAGUAUUGAGAAGCCCCCCACGAACGUUGACUGCCCCAUGGACGCAGAGACGGAAGGAAGGAAGGAAGGAAGAAGGGCCUCGGACUCGCCGAGUCCUGACCGAAACGGAAAGUGGGACAUCAUCAGGCAGAGAGGGCAAACAUGUCUCAUGUGCGAGGAGAGGAGGCCAAAGGGUCUCGAACGAAGCAGGGGGAGGAGGAGGAGCAGGAGGAGGAGGAGGCCAGAAGGCACCGGGCGGGCGGGCGUCCAUAAGAAGCCGGCGCAGUGACUCUGGCUCUGUGUGCGGCUGGCUGGAUCGGUACAGGCCGUCGAUGGAUGCCCAAGCUUCAGCCUUGCCAGGUCCUCCUCAGUGCGGUCUAAAAAGGCCCAAGCCAAGCCAAGCCAAGCCAGGCCAAGCUCAGCGCAACACCAGCACCAGCACCAGUGUAGCUUGCAGCAGCAGAGAGGAGGGAAGAUCGUACAGUAACAGUGAGUGAGCGGUAUGUGAUGUGAUGCGAGCCAUCGAUUGCCUCAACUAUUGAUACGCAGACUCGCGCCAGUAAAGCGCCAGAGGGGUUUGGGCCAGAGGGUGGGGUGGGCAAAAGGAGAUGGUGUGGAGAAGAUAGUAUCUAGAUGUACUUUUCCCGGUGCAGAGUUUAGGAGUACAGAUCCACUCCCGACCGGAAGAUCGGAUUGAACUGGGAACCGGAGUUUGUAGGAGUGGGGUAAUCGGGGCUGAGCUUGGGAGAGGAGAGGAGAGGGAAGGGAAGGGGAGGGGAGAGCAGGAGAGGAGAGGAGAGGAGAGGGGAGGGGAGGAGAGUGUUUUGAGCCGAGCUCAACCGAGGCUAUGAUGAUCGUGCAGUGUAUGUCAGACCUGCAGUGGUUUCUCGUACAGUAAUCUUGUGUACAGCUAUACCCGCUAAGCGUCGUUAAGAGUUGUCUUGAUUGUGUGCAUAAGGGUCCCUGUUGAAUCACAGAAAAGAAAAGAGAUUCUUCAGAAGUUUAUGAGCAUUUGAUUGCUUGAUUGGUUCAUUCGUGUACUAUCCGUCCGCGCAGCAUCACCAUCACCAUCGUCAUCAUCAUCAGAUGCGAGCUACCCCUGGCCCCUGCGUGUCCUGUCCUUCGCGCGCUCUCCCUCCCUCUCUCUCUGGCUAGAGCUUGAGGGCACUGCACUGCAGCAGCAGCUGAUGCUGUUGGAGUUCUUGCGCUUGUUGUUGUUGUUGUUGUUGGUGUUAUUUUUUGCGGUGGGUGGUCCUGUUGUUGGCUCAUGAGUGGUUGAUAGAUUGAGAUUAAAUUAGACAGAAAGCAACGAACACAGAUCAGAUUCGGCCUGCCUUGCGCAGAGCCUGCCUGCCUGCCUGGGCUUCUGAAGUAGCGGAGGAGUGCUCCAGUCGCAGAUCGACCAGAGAAGAGUGCGCACCACAGCACAUCACAGCAACCACGGGCAGUGCAGGCACGUCCUGAGGCUGCGGGAGUGCGGUCACUGGCACUCGCAACAUCAUCUCUCCUCGAGCUCUCGAGGCUCCUGUUGAGCACAUAAUUACUCUUCCACUCGGGGCCAAAGCUUGUGUUCUACUUUAGCACAAGCAAUCCUUGGGACUCUCUGACCCGGUUUCUACCAUACAGAUUAUUAGGCGGUUCGCAGCAGUUGUCAAGCCUCUCUCUCUCUCGGUUUGCUCGUUGUGCCAUCGCUGAUGCGCCUUUAGGCGAAGGAGCUGGAGAUUGAAGAGCAGGUACUACUAUCUCAGCAUUCUCAAGGCAACAUCUCGAGAACACACAGCACUGCGUGAGAUUGCGUCGAGAUUCUUCUCGGGAAUCCAACCGGUCUCGCUGUCCGAGUCUGUGUGUCUGUCGUGCGAAUUAGUAGUCUACCUAGAGGACCGGAACCAAUUCGUGCUUUAUCCAUCGAUCAGCAGGUCUCCCAUACCAUUCCUACUUGCUGGCAGAAUCAUAGAGGCGAAAUGACUCCUUUCUGCACAUAGGUUCCGUAGAACCAUACUUUCAGGAAUUCAGCAGUGACUCACUCCACCAUCUCUUCUCGUCUCCACCGGAGGUAGCAGAGAUGUUCUAGAGCUCCCGCUCGACUGUCAUAUCACGCAACAAAGCCGGCAAGCAAGAGCUGGGCUAUUCUUCUUCUUCUUCUUAUUCUUCAACCACAGAUCCAUCUGACAGGCACCAGGUCGCUUCUGCUGCUGCUGCUGCUGCUGCUGGCGGUUGUAGUGGUGGGUUCAGACGAUGGGAGAGGCAUGGCAACGCCUGUACAAGAACAAAUGGCUGGUGCUGGCGUUCUCCAUAUGGAUACAGUCGUGCUCCGGAGUAGGCUAUGCCUUCGGAAGUUACUCGCCCAUCAUUAAAAGCGUUCUGGGAUUCGACCAGAAGGGCAUUAGUCGCCUGGGAGUCGCCAAGGACAUCGGAGACAGUGUAGGCCUGCUCGCCGGCACUCUGUGUGAUCUUGUCCCCAUAUGGGGUCUCUUCAUUUGCGGCGCUCUGGUCAAUCUCAUCGGCUAUGGGUCGAUUUGGCUCAUCGUCACCAAGCAGCUGCCCCCCGUUCCUCUCUGGGCUAUGUGCUUAAUUAUGAUGGUGGCUACGAACGGAGAGACAUUCUUCAACACGGGAGCGCUGGUGGCAUGCGUGCGCAACUUCCCUCAGAAUCGAGGAGGAAUCGUAGGAAUUUUGAAGGGAUUCACAGGGCUGAGCGGAGCGAUCUUCACGCAGCUGUACACGUCGUUCUAUGCGCCCGACCAAGCCAAGUUCAUCUUUCUCGUGGCCACGGGGCCGUCCAUGGUGGCUCUGUUCACGCUCUUGAUCGUCCGCCCCAUCCCGCAGGUCGUAUCCAUCAUCAAGGAGGAUGACAAGAAUUUCAAUGUCAUAUACAGCGUCUGUCUCGUCAUCGCCGCCUACCUCAUGGGCGCCAUGAUCGUGCACGAUUUCCUGUCCGUGAACCACUACGUGCAAGUCGGAUUCGCAUUCGGCUUGUUGUUACUGCUCUUCAUUCCUCUGAUCGUGCCCUUCUAUCAGGUCUUCGUUGUGGACCCCAAGAAACCCCAAUCCGACAUCGAGAACGACUACAACAUCAAAGCGCCAUUGUUGGCCCCUGCGCCUCCAGAGAGAACCCCGAGUGGCCGCGAAAUCAAGAAUGAGUAUCCCAAAGCCAUCAAGCCGACCAUUACAUACUACCCGCCGCCGUCCGGGGAUUUCAUCGAAUUCAGUGAAAUGGAAGACGAGAAGAUGAGGCCAGAAGUCUCAGAGCGAGCGCGCCACGAGCAAUUGGCGCGCAUGAGCUCCAGGCUGUACAAGGCCGUGGCCGAGGGCGCCGUCAAGGUCAAGCGCAAGAGAGGACCCAGAAGAGGGCAGGACUUCACGCUGGCGCAGGCGCUCAUCAAGGCCGACUUCUGGCUCAUGUUCGUGGCCCUCGUCUGCGGCGCCGGCACUGGCAUCACCGCCAUCGACAAUCUGGGCCAAAUGGGCGAAGCUCAGGGCUUCCUCAACGCACACAUUUUCGUCUCCCUCAUCAGCAUUUGGAGCUUCUUGGGUCGGCUCGGAGCCGGCUAUGCCUCAGAGAUCGUCGCCCGAGAUUACGCAGCGCCGAGGCCGAUUUUGAUGGCGUGCGCGCAGGGGAUGAUGGCGGUGGGGCACCUGAUGUUCGCGAUGGCGUGGCCGGGGUCGAUGUACAUAGCGUCGCUGCUGGUGGGAUUCGGGUACGGGUGCCACUGGGCCAUCGUGCCGGCGACGGCGUCGGAGCUCUUCGGGCUCAAGAACUUCGGGGCGCUGUACAACGUGCUGACCAUCGCGGUGCCCAUCGGGUCGCUCGUCUUCUCGGGGCUCAUCGCCGGCCCCAUCUACGACGCCGAGGCCGAGAAGCAGCGCAGCGGCGCGUUGGGCGCGUACGCGCGCGGCCCGUUGGCGGACGAGAGCCUGGUGUGCGAGGGCGCCAUCUGCUUCCAGCUCACCUUCUUCAUCAUGACCGCCGUGUGCAUCUUCGGCGUCGUGCUCAACCUCAUCCUCAUCAAGCGCACGUACCGCGUCUACCAAGCGCUCUACGGCAAGCGCGGCGACUCGCUGCUCCACAACAAAGUGCCCCGCGCCGUGCUCGAGCAGGACGCCUCGUCCUCCAGCAGCUUUCACUAGAGCUCCCGUCGUCGAUUGCGCUCUUUCUUUUAUAAUUGUGUAUACCCCCCCGCGCGAAUUGAUCGAGUCGAUGCACGCCCACACUCUUGAGUUUUUUUUCUGGAGUCAAAUGUGUAUCGCUGCAGAGGACACCACGGCCAUAGCCGCAGCAGCAGCAGCAUCCGCAGCCGCAGGGCCAGAG